AUGGCAGCGGUAAACGUGGAUGCCACCAACAAAGACACCUUUGCAUUCAGAAUCAUCUUCACCUUGGUGGUCUCUGUGAUGCUAACCAUCACCGGCAUCAUAGGGAAUGGCUUCAUCACAGCCAUCUAUGUGGCAGAGUGGGCCAGAGGCAAAAGACUCCCCACCAGCGACUACAUUAUGUUGAUGCUAAGCUUCUUCAGGCUCUUGCUACAGAUCUGGAUGAUGCUGGAGAACAUUUUCAGUCUACUAUUCCAUAGCAUCUAUAUGCAAGCUACACUAUACAGAGUCUUCAAAGUCAUCACUAUGUAUCUGAACUAUGGCAACCUCUGGCUUGGUGCCUGGCUCAAUGUCUUCUAUUGUGUUAGAAUUGCAAACUUUACUCACCCAUUAUUCCUCAAGAUAAAGAGGAAAAUCACAGUGCUGAUGCCAUGUCUUAUACAGCUGUCAUUGCUGGCUUCUUUCAGUUUCAGCUUAAUCUUCUCUAAAGAUAUCUUCAAUGGGUACGUGGAUAUUUCUACACCUGUCCCUUCCUACAACUCCACUGAAAAGCAGUUCUCUGAGACCAACGUGGGCAAUCUAAUUAUAGUCUAUAAUGUGAGUGUCUUCAUGGUUUUGAUGCUGUUCAUCCUGGCAGCCACUCUACUGAUUGUCUCUCUCAGGAGACACACUUCACACAUGAAGAACAGUGCCACUGGUUCCAGGGACCCCAGCAUGGAGGCUCAUGUGGGGGCUAUCAAAGCCACCAGCUACUUCCUCAUUCUCUACAUUUUCAAUGCAAUUGCUCUGUUUUUUUCCAUGGCCAACACCUUUGAGGUUUAUAGUUUCGGAAGUAUUUCCUGCAAAUUUAUCAUGGCUGCCUACCCUGCUUGUCACUCGGUGCAACUGAUCUUGAGCAACGCUGGGCUGAGAAGAGCCUGGAAGAGAUUUCAGCACCAAGUUCAUCUUUGCGGUGAAAAGCAGGCCCAGUAACUGACACCCAGAUAGCAAUACUCCCGUGGACCUCUCUCCUUCCUCAUCUUUUCCUCUCUCAGACCUUCUCUGACGCUUCUCAGAUAACUAGAUCCCUUUAUGAUUGCAAAAUUGUAUUCUUAACCGGAUAUUCUAAGCAAACGUAGCCAAGCAAUUCAAAGAUGGAUUAGUGAAUGCUCCUUGCUGUAGGCGCAUACAUAUCCUGCCCUGAGCUUUUCUCCACCUUCUCCUCUCCCUGGGUCUUAGGAGAGAGUGAGCAGACACCUCAG